AGGGUAAGGUUUCAAGCCAGCUGGAGCGUAUAAAGAUAGGUGCCAAGCCGGAGGCAGAGAGACAACAGUGAAUGGUAAGGGGGCAACUAGAUCCCUGCUGCCCCUUCCUGGGAUGGAGCCCUAAGGAGCCUUAAGGAGGCCCUGUGCUUCCCCUGCCCUGGCUGGACUCACAGCCUCCUCCCUGCACUAAAGCUCAGGACUGCAAAGCGGCCUCUCUUCUUGGACCUCUCUCCUCUCUUCUCUCUCCUGGGCCCCGGAGGGACCAGGCAGAACCUUCUGGGACCAUGGUUGGACUAAAGCCUUCAGAGGUACCUCCCACCACAGCUGUGAAAUUCCUGGGGGCAGGCACAGCAGCCUGUUUUGCUGAUCUACUCACCUUUCCACUGGACACAGCCAAGGUUCGCCUACAGAUCCAGGGGGAGAAGCAGGCGACCCAGGCAGCCCAGAGACCCCAGUACCGCGGCGUGCUGGGCACCAUCCUGACCAUGGUGCGCACCGAGGGCCCCCGCAGCCCCUACAAUGGGCUGGUCGCCGGCCUGCAGCGCCAGAUGAGCUUCGCCUCCAUCCGCAUCGGCCUCUACGACUCUGUCAAGCAGUUCUACACCCCCAAGGGAUCCGACCACUCGAGCAUCACUACCCGGAUUUUGGCAGGUUGCACCACCGGGGCCAUGGCGGUAUCAUGUGCCCAGCCCACGGAUGUGGUGAAGGUCCGGUUUCAGGCCAGCAUACACCUUGGGGCCGGGAGCAACAGGAAAUACAGUGGGACAAUGGACGCCUACAGGACCAUCGCCAGGGAGGAAGGACUCAGGGGCCUAUGGAAAGGAACUUUCCCCAACAUCACAAGGAACGCCAUCGUCAACUGUGCUGAGAUGGUGACCUAUGACAUCAUCAAGGAGAAGCUGCUAGACUAUCGUCUGCUCACGGACAAUUUCCCCUGCCACUUCAUCUCUGCCUUUGGAGCCGGCUUCUGUGCCACAGUGGUGGCCUCCCCAGUGGACGUGGUGAAGACCCGGUACAUGAACUCGCCCCCAGGCCAAUACCACAGCCCCCUGGACUGCAUGCUGAAGAUGGUGGCCCACGAGGGCCCCACUGCCUUCUAUAAGGGAUUUACACCAUCAUUUUUGCGUUUGGGAACCUGGAACGUGGUGAUGUUCGUGACCUAUGAGCAGCUGAAACGGGCCUUGAUGAAAGUCCAGAUCCUACGGGAAUCUCCAUUCUGAAUAAAGCAGGGCCACUUAGUACCUAAUUGGAACAAGAACCAGUGGGUCCCACACAAACCCACACAUGUUUACACAACUGUUUACUUGCUGCUGAGUCAAGAAAUAGAAGCAGAGAAAGGAUUCUGGUCUUCAGUGCUUUGUCUUAAGAACACAUUUGUUUUGUAUGGACAAGUUGGAAAUUAAAUUAUAUUAAUUUGGGGGACCCAUGAUGUUGGAUGCCUAACAUUUAGGCAAGAGAAAAUAAACCAAAACAUCCAUGUGGAUAAAACCAAAGUCUGCAAACCUAUGUUCUGUAAAAAAAAAAAAAAAAAAAAAAAAA